GAACUUACAUCUGCUAUCUCACUCGCACAGUUAAUUAAUCACUCUCAAGAGUCGAGUUUUAAUUUUGUUCAUCAUUUCGUAUCGUUUAUUUACUAGCAUUGCAGUGUUUUGUGAAUAUAAAUAUUUAUGGUGUACUUGGAAUCUUAUUGGUAAUGACGUGAGUAGUAUAGUGAGCCGUGCAACAAACGCGAUGCGAUGGAUUGGUGUGUAAUAUUCGAUACAAGGUAAUGGGCGAUGUUCUCGUUAUUAUAAAGACAAAAGGCUCGUCCUUCACACAUUAGUAGAGCAUCGUUGUGCAAACAAUCUGUUAUCUACACGCCGCGUAAUGUUAGAGGUGAUUAUUGAAAUGCUAAUAACGUUCCACUGCAUGUAAGUACGGCGAGCCGAAGCGCGCUCUUUAAUAACUUCACCCGCGCAAGCAAAGACGUUUAAUUACUAACUCCUCUUGAUUGGUGGUGGGUCUCUAUCGCUUCAUGCUGUAACCGGUAAUAUAGUACAGCUUACUAAUAAGACAAAACUAUGGCUAACGUAAAGAGUAGAUUAAAAGCACCCAAAAGUGCAUCUACGAAAAAGAAGAGAGGUCGUAAACCUAAAAAAUCGUUGGCAGGUCCGAAAAAAUCGGAGUCGAAGAAAAAUAAUAAUAGUGACAGUGUAAACACGGAGCCAGCCAAGGCUAGUGAUGAACCGCAGGCUCCAGUUAGUGCAAGGAACAAUAUUCAAUUAAAAAAAAGUGAUGUGGUCAUGAAACGACCGAGCUCGCGCAAGGUCAUGACGCCCGAUGAAAAAGUAAUAUUUAUAUUGAAACACGGACAUAAACUUAAGGAAAAGUUUAUAACUAAACCUCCUGUGCCCGUCAAACCAAUACAACAAAAUGAAUGUCCAGUUACUGAGCCACCAAAAAAUAAGAUUCAAGUGCCAGAGAGUGAUCUCCCUCAGCUAUCAAAAUGUGGCCGUAUUAAAAAGAAAUCUAAAUGUGACAUGACACUCAUUGACAGUAUAUUGAAAGGGGAACUGAUGAUCAAAGAACGGCCCAACGGUAAAGACAUGUCUCCUGAGCCGGUACCAUCAAGUUCACCUCCACCAGUGCGUGUAGACAAUAACAAUGACAUAGCAUUAACUAACCAAAAUAAAACCAUUCAAGACUUAUCCGAUGAUGAAUAUCAAAUAUCAGAGGAGAUGUCCGUCUCAUCCGAGGAAGGUUCAGACAACAACUGUUUAAAUGAUUCAAGUCCUGAUUCUGGUAACAAAUCUAAAGACAAAGACCCUACAUAUCCUAAACCAAGGCAUGUGAAAUUGAAAAAUGGUGUAAUAUUAAACUUAUUGAAUUUUGAGUGCGAUAUCUGCCACAGAACAUUUAACAGAAAAUGUUCUUUACGCAGACACAUGUAUAUUCACCUCGGUAUGAAACCAUAUAACUGUCGUGAAUGUCGCCAGGCAUUCUGGAACCCCCAAAAGUUGCAGGAUCACACCAACCUGUACCACAAGACCAACGGAGAAGACACAGAGCUGUUCAUCUGCAACUAUUGUGACAAACCAUUUCUAGUGAAAGAAAACUUGCAGAAACAUCUGGACACUCAUACAAAAGCUGAGAAUUCAUUCAAAUGCAUUUAUUGUAACAAAGUGUUUGGUUACCACAUCAUGUUGAUGCAGCAUGAGAAGAAACACAUGGUGAAGGGGCGUCAUGAAUGCACCCUGUGCAGCAUGUCGUUCCGCUGUCGCAACCGCCUGUACAUGCACGUGAAAAGCCACCUGAAACUCAAAGAUUUCAUUUGUCAGUAUUGUGGGAAAGAGUUUUUGCUCCAUAACUCUCUGAGGCGCCAUGUCGAGGUGUGCCACGGCGGGCACAGGAUCGUGUGCCCGAUCUGCAAUAAGAAUUUGAAAGGUCAUUUGACGGAACACAUGCGCACCCAUGAGAAGAAACGGCCCCAUGUUUGUCCAGAGUGUGGACAACGCUUUACACAGUCCACCCAACUAAAUGUACAUCGGCGAGCGCACACGGGAGCCAGACCGUACCCGUGCCGAAUAUGCAAACGAUUCUUUUCACAUUCGAACGCACUUAUGCUACAUAUCAGACGUCACACGGGAGAGAAACCAUUCCCCUGCCCAAUGUGCCCAAUGUCCUUCUCCCAACUACCACACAUGAAAACACACAUGCGUAAAAUACACGGUAAGGAGAACCCUUACAAGUGUUCUAAUUGCGACUCUUUUUACAAGCUCAAAGCGCAGCUGGAUGUGCACUCAAAGACAUGUACAGCGGCGCCAGCGCCCGCAGCAGAGACUCCUGCCGUUGAGCCCGCCCAAGGUAAAAAGAAAAGGUCCAAGAAAGGCGAGGAAGAGAUAGAGGUGGAAUCGUCGAUGACUCUGUCUCGCAUGAGGUUCCUGUUGGCUCUACUGCUCACGAUGAUCGCAACCAAAGAAAAACUCAAAUACUUAGGGUUCAACAAGAGGCUCGUUGAUGAGAUCCUCAUCGAGUCCUUGGAGGGUAUGGGCCGAACUCCUUGCAAGGACGAGACGCUUCCACCGCUGAAGCGUCUGAGGCGGAACAUCGAGAUGUUGCUAAUUAAGACGGUGCCCAAAGACCAGAUGGAGAAAUUCAAGAAGGAAAGUAAGUCUACUGAGGACAUUCUGGAACUAUUGACUACUGAGAAAGAUAAGUAGAACAUGGUUUUCAUUCAAACAUUAAGGUAAGCGUGCACUACAACAGGGGCGGGUCACAAAUACGGCGCGAAACAAAAGACGGACCGUCUUGCGACAAAAAAGUUUUAAAUCCAAAAAAGGUCGCACACGUGUUGACACAAUGUAUUCACCGACACGUGUGUAACUAAACCUUUUUUGUUACGAACUCAUUUUAUGAUGUUACUCGUAGUAGAAUGAAUAAGGCGUGCGAUGACGUCGGUUUAAAAAAAAGUCCUGUAUAUUUUUAUACAGUCAUGUAAGAUACUGUGAAUUUUGUGGGGCAUGUUUUAUUUUAGACUUUAAAUAAACAUGUGUAUCGUUGCGUGUGUUCUUAAAACAAAGGCGCUUCCAUUUUGAGCAGUCCUUAAGGCAAUAAAAGCGUCAAUAAUAACAUUCAAGAAACAUUUCAUCGUUUGCACAAACAGUACAACAUGAAAUAAGACUUUAUAGUUAUAAAAAUACGGUUUAGACAAUUCUAAACCGUAUUUUUAUAACUAUACUUUUAAAAACUCUUCUAGCAAUCUAGAAGAGUUUUUAAAAGUGCAUUUUUGUUCGCCCGCCCUAGUAGUGCUUGCUUGUUAUUGGUGCAUUAGAUCUGUUGAAGUGUUUAGCACCAGAUGUAGUAUAUUGAUAUCAUUAAUUUAUAUUUCUCGCUAUUUAUGUAUCAUUCAUUUAUUUAUAAAAAAAAAUUCAGAGACUUAAGCUUUGGUUUCUAAAAAGCGACAGUGUUUUUGAAGUAAUUUGAACCCAAUACCCAUACAAUAGUGUACAUUUUUGUAUAGUGGCUGUUACAUUUCAAAUAAUCUGAUUAGUUUUUGUGGUUUGACCUUUCUCUAGGUAGAAAAUUACAUAUUUUUAUAAUAACUAUCGUGAGACAUACUAAAUUAACUAAAAAUCACAGUUUACUCACGUAAACUAUGUCUGUGACUCGAAACUAGUAGAGCUUUUCUCAAUUAAUUUACGUGAGAAAACCGUGAUUUUUAGAAAACUACAUUAGCAGCAUUUUUUUAUUUAUUUUAGGGAUUUGUCUCUUAUAGACAACAUCCCUCAGUGUCGUUAAAAUCACAAUAACUAUAAGAUUCAGCAUUUUAGAAACCAAAGGAUAUUUAAGGAGGUUGUCACUCACGAAGUUUUUACCAUUGGAUCAAUAUUAUAUAGACUAUAAAGUUACUAGUACUGUAGUGUGUGGACUGUUAUAUUAUUGUAUUUCUGUGUAAUAGGUGUUGUGUGUAGAAACUCGAGUUAUCCUCGUGUCGUUCGCAAUAAACCAGUGUUGAUUCAUGGUUAAUGUUGUAGAACAUUUGUUUUGAAGAGAAAUCAUACAUAAGAGACUAAUUUGUGACAGAAGUCGCACAUAGACGAUCGACGAUCAUAUCAACGGAUGACGUCAUAAAUCCUACAUAGCACAUAUGAACUUCGCAUGUAGUGAAAAAUCCCAACGAACAAUAGUUGGGCAGAAAUCACACUAGUCAUGAUUGGAGGAAAAUCGCCUGGUUGGAGGAACCUCAUUUUCUUAGGGAUCUUUACUCUUUGUUCCCUAAAAUUUAAAAGUGCAUUAUGUAUCGAAUUUGCAGGAGUGGUGAACAGCGUCGAGUAUUGUUAGAAGCCAUUUAAGUGCUAAAGCAAAGUAAAAAAAUAUGACAGAAAAUGUACAAUUGAGGAUAUUGUCAAGUUUAUCCUCGUUGGUAAUAUUACCUGUUGAUAGAUGUCUUGAAAUGUGUCAUAGAUUUUAUAGUAAAAAUUUUACCUUUCAAUUCUUUAUUAAAUGGUAGCAUUUUGACGUUUUAGUAUGAAUAUCUAUUAAAAUAAAUGUCACAUUUAAAUUCCUACUUGCUCUACUCUACUUAGGCACUAUAACUUAUACGCGCAAAUGAUACAAGGUGAUCGAGUUAUUGACAAAGGUUGUAACAUCCCAUAUCAUCACUAAAGCAAUUUAUUAAUAAUUCUAUCAUUAAUUUAAUAAUAACUUCAAUGAGUGACAACCCUUAUGAUAAAACAUCACUUUUUAAAUUAUUAAUGUAAUAUUAAGUAGAAUCUUACACGUAAUUGUAGGAUAAAAGGUUUCUUCGCUAAGUACAUACAUUAUAAUAAUAAAAUUUUAAUGGAAUCUGCCCAUUAAAAUAUUUUCCUAAGUGCUUUUCAAGCUUUACAUGCGAGACAAUAUUAUAUAUAAUGUCAAUUUCUUAAUCUUAACUUAAAUUAAUGUUAUAAUGUUUUAAAACGUCCAUUCGACAUAUUGAAUACAAGAAAUGUUUUAUCUUUAUAUCAUAAAAUUAAACACAUUAGGUGUAUUGAAAAAAUAAACAUAGUUAUUGUACAAUGGGUAGAUUCCUAUACAAAAUAUUAGGGGGUAAAAUACAUUAAAUGAAUGUGUUGAAGAUAUACCAUAAUAAUGGUCAAUAGUGGCAGUAUCGCAGCUGGCUGACUGAACAGCAUAUCAUUGCGUAAUUAAAAAAACACAUUUGACAUUUAUGUAUAGCUGUCAAUGUGACAUUACUUUUGGCGGUAAAUUAGCACAAAAGUUAUGCAGCGUUUAUUGAUUCACUGUGACCUCUAAGUUUGUUCAGAUGUUUCAUUUCAUUGAGAGUAUGUUAUGAAAUAAUAUUGUCUGGUUUUCAAUGACGUGUGAAAUUCUUGCAAAUAUAUUUUUCUAAAUGCUUGCCUAGUGUGUUUUGCAAGUGCCUUAAUUAGUAAUUCUAUUAAGUACAAAUAAUCAUUUCAGUUUUUUAUUAUCUAGGUAAUAAACAUUUUCUACUUGUUUAUAGAUAUUAUAAGCUUUACACAACCAGUUGCGAUGCCGCCAUAUUUAAAAUUUUAUCUUUGCUACUCCUAUGUGACUUGCCAUUUUGAAAAAAGUGAUUAUCCCAAAGAAAAUAAUCGUACUGCAUUUUAAAAUAUAAUUUUAUUUAUCUUAGUUUUAAUAUAAUGUCAAUGUAUGUAGCAUUCCUGUGUAGAAUGAGUGUGCCAUUGAAUUUAGGAAUGAUUGAACCUAAUAAUUUGUGAAUAAAUAGACUUCAGGGUGUUAGGGAAAUCGUUACUGUAAUGCGUAGACAUAGGGUUGCUUUUUGUGCAAACUUUACACUUCGCAUUUCAUUUUACUCGAAAUUGUGACGUCAUUAGACGGUGUUCCUACGCUUUGAAAGAAAAGUAAUUUUGUUUUUAAAUAUUUUAAAGUUUUAAAGCGUUGCUUUUUUAGCUUUAUUUAUUAGGAUUCUCAUAUUAUUCGUUAUUUAUUUGUAUGUGUAAUUUAAAUAGUUUUUACUUUUUAUUGGUGUUCAUUAAGUUUUAUCUGAGAAUGACCGGUUAUUCUUUGUUGCGUUUAUUAAUUGGUGGAACGAAUUUCGACCUUACUGCUAAAACAAUAGGCUCUAAUAUAAUAACAUAUUGCAUUGAAAUGAACCGAAAAUGUAUUCAGUUUCACAGACAAGACCUUCAUAGCAGAGAGACAACAGAUGGUAUAAUUAGUUCUGAAAUAAUUAGAGAAAUACAUAUACAUAAGUUCGUUGCAGACUGAAAGCUAAGUUAAUAUUAACUUACAUUGUAAAAACUUUAGAAUACACGCUUGACGCUGUGGAUGGAAAACCAGCUGCUGAGCAACGUCUUGUAGGUUGCAUCCCCGCCCUUACAGGUACUGAAGGUGGUUUAAGUGAGGUAAAAUUCCCACACUCCCUAGUCUUUUAUGUCCAGAAUGCUAGACGCCUCAUGAAGAUUUCCCCUCGUCAUAAAAAAAAGGCUUCAUUCCCGCACGGAAUAACUCUUUGUGUAAUCCACAAAUUAUUGUUCCUGCUCUCGCUGUAAUGUGUAUCCUUUUAACACUUUAAACGGCAAGCCGGUGACCGACGUUACGGAGGUUUUGCCUUCAACAGUUUUCUAUUAAACGCAUCCACGACAAAAGAAAAAAUCUUAGUGUGGGACCACAUUAUUUAUAAAUCAACAGUUAUUAAAACUAAUCGUUAGUCUACAACAAGCUUAUUUCUCUUUGUAUUUUACUGGUUAAUUAUACGUAUAGGUAUAAUGCCAGGCCUGCACGUGAACAAAAGGAAAUUACAGUAGAACUCCAAUUAUCCGAACUCCGACUAUCCGAAUCGCCGAUUAUCCGAAUCACAAAAAUUGUCAAAAAAAGUCUAAGUGCGCUAUUAUUCCCCCCCCCUCGCGAAGCCAGUGUUUGUCAAGUCUUGACUUGACUUGUCUUAACUUGCCGUUGUGCCUACGCUGACUUCCCCCGCAAUUUAAUUCAAUAAAAAAAUAGUGCAAUAUCAAAACGUAGCUUUUAUUCUCUUCAAUGGCAAUUUUUUUGAAAAAAUCCGAUUAUCCGAAUAUUUGAUUAUCCGAAUGGGUCCCGGUCCCCAUUAAUUCGGAUAAUUGGAGUUCUACUGUACUUCGUUCGGAUCAUUGAGUGCGCGCGUAAAACCUGUGACGCGUGUGACGUCACGGUCCGGUGCGUGUGCGCAGCCUGUGGCGACAGGGUUAUUAUGUUCGUAUUAUGUUGAAAGCUGUAGCUGUUGAAACCUACAAAGCGGAAUUGUAACCAAUAUAUGAGAUUUUCUAUGGAAAGUAAUCAAAUUGUAUUUGUACAUGGCUUUUAAAUUCUUGAAUGUUACUAGAGUACUAGAAAAAACAAAACAAAUUGGUACUUUAGGGAACAGAGAUUGUUAGAGUAUCGCCACAGUACUUUUUUGAGAUUAAGGAACAAGGAACACUAUUGAAAUAACUCUCUAACACUGCUUAAGAAUAUAAUGUGUCAGUCCAUUCAUGUUUCCUAUUUGUUCGCUAAACUUCAUCUUAAUCUGUUCAGUCGUUUUUAUGUAACAAACGUACAGAUAAUCUUACAAUGAAACUUAGUAUCGGUAACGUAACUCCGUGUAAUCGAUAACAAAAGAAUUAUCAAUGGACAACUAGUUCUAAGGUCGUUUCGUGUAAAAACCUACUCGUACUAAUGAACGCAACAAAAGAACACCGUUUUUAAACCAAAUUAUUGUUAAAUUAUGUUUUCGUGUCAGUGCCAUUUGUUGUUAUUCUUAUUUUAAUGAAGAAGAAUAUUAUUAAGAACUAUUCUGUACUGGAUUUUUGUGUAAAAACUAAGUAUCGUGAAAUAUAGGUACAAACAAUAAUAAAAAAAUGCAGCUUACUCAUGUGACGUCACACAGCUCUCGAUUAUGAGCUCCGUUUUGCCUUGAAACCAGACGAGCUUCUUUGAAAAUUUUACGUGUGUGAGUAAGCUGUAUAUUUUAAUUAAUUCUAUAUUGUAUUUAUAUUUAAACUGUCAAACAAUUCCCUUAAACCAAAAAUGUAACUAAUUCCAUUGCUUUAUUUAAUAUUUUUUACGAUUAGAAAUAAUAAUAUGCACUUUAAUUAUGAGCGUUAUUUUUUAAAGUUGUUUUUGUUUAAUGUGAUGGAAUGAUUGUUAUGGUUGUGUCACUGAAAAUUUAAAUUUAUUUUUGUUUAGCAAUGCACAUACAAUACGUAGUUUUCUGGUUGUGUAGCCAUUUGCAUGGAAGGUUUUUUAUUAUUUUUCAUUAUUUUGCACGCUCAUAAAUUUAAAUUAUUUUAAUAAUAAAAUACACAAAAGGUGCCACUAAGUUGUGUUGCCCUGAAUUCUGCCAUUUUCAUAGUUUUAUAUGUAUAUUUUAUGUUAUUUUGACGUUAAGUACCUAUAAGAGAAAUAAAUGUACCUAUUUAAAAAAAAUAAUUACAGUACGGAUGAAAUAUCUUGGUCUGUUUAAAGUUGAUAACAAUGCAAGAGGAAAAUUAAAAUAAUUUCCAAUGAGGGCUACCAUUUUUUUAACUCACCAGACGGUAGUAAAUAUAGCUUGAAGUCUGUUUGUCCAAUCACUUUAGCUGUCAAAAAUUGAGUGUCCGAUAG